UGUCCCUUGCGCGGCGCCGUCCGCGCCCGAAAGCGCCUGCGCGGAAUCGACGCAGCCCCGCGUGGGACGGGCCGGCAUGGCGUUCCGACAGGCGCUGCAGCUGGCGGCCUGCGGCCUGGCCGGGGGCUCGGCCGCGGUGUUCUUCUCGGCGGUGGCAGUGGGGAAGCCCCGCGCGGGCGGGGACGCGGAGCCGCGCGUGGUCGAGCCGCCGGCGUGGGCGGGGGCCGCGCGCCCCCGGCCCGGCGUCUGGGACCCCAACUGGGACAGGAGAGAACCACUGUCCCUGGUCAACCUGCGGAAGAGGAACCUGGAGCCCGGAGAAGAAGAGCUGGCGUCCAGGCUGGACCACUGCAAGGCCAGGGCCACACGGCACAUCUUCCUCAUCAGGCACUCCCAGUACCACGUGGACGCCCCCCUGGAGAAGGACCGCACGCUGACGCCCCUGGGUCGUGAGCAGGCUGAACUAACCGGUCUCCGACUUGCAAGCUUGGGGUUGAAGUUUAAUAAAAUCGUCCAUUCCUCCAUGACCCGUGCAAUAGAAACCACUGACAUCAUCAGCAAACACCUGCCAGGCGUCUGCAAGGUCAGCACAGACCUGCUGAGGGAAGGCGCUCCCAUCGAGCCUGACCCCCCCGUGUCUCACUGGAAGCCAGAGGCUGUGCAGUAUUACGAGGACGGGGCGCGGAUCGAGGCCGCCUUCCGGAACUACAUCCACCGGGCGGACGCCAAGCAGCAGGAGGACAGCUACGAGAUCUUCAUCUGCCACGCCAAUGUCAUCCGCUAUAUCGUGUGCAGGGCGCUGCAGUUCCCUCCAGAAGGCUGGCUCCGCCUUUCCCUCAACAACGGCAGCAUUACCCACCUGGUAGUCCGGCCAGAUGGCCGAGUGGCCCUCAGGACCCUCGGGGACACGGGGUUCAUGCCUCCUGACAAGACCUCCCGCUCCUGA